CUCGAUUUAUCCUUAUGCGCCAGAGGUAUGUGUCUGUGUGUGUGUACUUCAUAGUACUUAUAUAGGUACAUGCCUACAUACCAUAGUGCCGGGGUAUGUUUGUAACCCGGUCGCGGUAAGGAUCUGAAAGCAAAUGUGGAAAGCUUCCUGUCCUUAAUAGUUUUCCCGGUCCGUCGAUGCUUCUGAUUCGCUCGUGCUACUAAAACUGUGAGAUGGAUCAAGAAGCUUGGUCGACCUCACCUCGAUUUUCCUCCGUUUCUAUUUCUUUUUUCUUCUUUUUAUGUCAGCUUCUAUCAACACUCUGAAAGCUCCAUAACCCUCAACACAACACUUCCAACGAAUCUCUACAUAGUGACGCUUUACAGCUCGCAUAUUCCAUCAGCUCUGGCCUCCUCAUACAACUUAUCGCAUACUGUGUGUCUUCUUUAACCAGCUUUUCUGACGUCAUCAAUAUGGCCGACAGCACGAUCAACGGCAUCGAUAAAGUCGCGACCAGCGAAGCGACAGUAGCCGUGUCGCAGCCCAGUAUCCCACCAGUUGCAAAAGACCUUGUCACCGCUGGAGAAGAGUCUAAGGAGCCGUCAGCUGCGACAAAUAACGAAACUCCUGGGGCUGCGCCUACGACUGUGCCAGACUCCGAAAUCCCGGCGCAAAUCAAUGCUGUUACCACUGAUUCAAAGGAGUUGACCGAGAAGAUAGACGCUGCGAACGAGUUGGCUUCACAGCCGGAGAAGCCGGAGAAGCUUGCCGAUGAUGUAUCUGCAGAACCCGCUUCUACAGAGACGGCGACAGCUGAUGCAUCAUCAGCUCCCAAUGGUGAAGCUAAAGAACCUCCUAAGCCCGUCAGUGUCGAGGAGGUCCGCGACCAAGACAUGCCAGACGCAGCCCCAACUCAACCAGCCGAAAUGACCGGAGCGCUACCCGUCAAAGAACCGGCAAAUGACGAUGCGCCGAAGGCUGAUCCCGCGCCAACUACCGCCGAGCCUACCGAAUCUGACAAAUCUGAGGCUAAUGCUGGAGAGAAGCGCAAGUCAAGCGUAUCUGAAGCGUCCACUGGCGACGUCGCGCACAACGAGUCUCCGGAAGACGCGCCCGCCGAGAAGAAGCAAAAGACCAACGGAGCCGCUACUAACGGCGCGCCCAAGAAAGUCGGCCGGCCGAAGAAAGAAUCUAAGAAAGAUAAGAAGGCACCGCCUCCCGUCGGAAGGACGGCGAGAAAGACUAGAAGCCAAGGCACCGCGGACUAAACCCCAUUCAUGCUUAGAAAACAAGAUUGAUGAAUGAUUUCGGUUGGUUCCUAACCCCCUUCCUUAAGUUAGGUACCUACCUAGGUAUACAUCGAUUCGAUUAUCUAAAAAGACUACUAUGUAUGGAUGAACUGGGAUUCUUGGAGGCGCUGGUGGGGAGUCGCCGUUCACUCAGGAUUUUCGGGGCGUAAUAUGUUGUGCGUUCAUACUGGUUUGUACAUAUUGGUACUUGAAUGAUAAAAAGCCAUAUCACGAGAGCACCGCCUAGGGAUCGAUUCGCCUUUAUUAUUUUUAUUGUUUUUUUUUUUCUUUUUGGGUGUAUACAUGAUACGGAAAUCCGAAGUGGAUAAUGGGAUCAUGUAUGGUGCGACACAAAUACAACGUAGCGUUAGGUAGCAAAAAAGAUAGGACAUGUUA